AUGAAAAAAAGGGAUUAAUUAAGCCAUUUCUUAAGAUUAGUACAAUACUGCCUACCUAAUUUAAGACUACGAAAUUAAUUCAUAAUAAUUGUAGCCAUUUUAGUUUUGCUAAUUGUUGCAAUAUUUGCUAUAUGGAAUUUGGCACAUUAGUAUAUUUUAAAUAGCUUAUUUUUGGAUGAGUCUGAUAAAUUAUAUGAUACUCAAUCUAAAAUACGAAUAUCAUUUAUGUUAAAUAACUAUAAAUCUUAUUUCUAUUAAAUAUUUGCUUUAAGUAAUGAAUCAUAUUUUUAAUAAUAGAUGGGAAUGCCUUAAUUUCAUUUCAUAGAUUGUAUUUAAGAACCAAAAAUGAAGUAGUUAAAAGCUCUCUUUAAAUUGAUAAAAGAUUUUAAAUGGAUUAUGAAGGAAUAAUUUAAAUUCCUGAUCCUCUUAGAAUUCUGAAUGAAUAUGGAUCAAAUAUAUCAAACUCAUUUAUGUGCUAUUCCAAUACUUCUGCAUAUAAUUCACCUUUGACUGAAGAAUAAAGGAUAGGUAUUAAACUUUAAGAGCAGAUCUAAGCUUAUGGAUAAAUGUUAUACUAAGGAUCAUUAAUUAUGUAAUCAAAUAUAUAUUCUUAUAUUGAACUAUAAAAGAUAAAUAAUUUAUAUCCUUGUGUUAAUAGAGGAAAAGGUANAAGUAAAAAAGUAAUACAUAUUUAAAAUUAAGGUAUACUUCCAAAUAAUAUAGAGUACAAUUUAAGUAAUGA